AUGGCAGAGCAAAUCACCCACAAGAGGCCAAUCAGAAUAAAGAUUGAUAAGGACAAGCGCAAACAGCUCCAGGAUUUUUACAAGCUACGAGAGGAACAAUCCCCAGUUUCAGACAAUAUAAAUGAAAAUCAUGAGAGCGUAGACCAGGACGUUGCCAGCGCUUCCGAAGACUGCGUUGAGCCCCCCACUCUCAAAAUCUCAGAAAGCACACUUUCUGAACUAGUGAGCGCUCACAAUACUCUGCUUGGUAAAGAGACUGAAGUUAAUAAUACUAUCAAAAACACGAUAUAUGAGAACUACUACGAUCUCAUUAAAGUGAACGAGCUCCUAAAGAGCGUGGGCAACGAUUCGAGUGACCGGCUAGCGCAGCUGAGCGACAUCUUGAAACUCCUUGAGAAAUAA